UAUUUAUAUUUAAAGAGAUGGAUGAAAUUGUAUUGUAACUUAGUUUUGCCGGGCAGCGAUCUUCGUAGCUUGCUUCUUUUCCAUGGAUAUUAUGGCGGAGAAACCUCAAAAUGUGGCGAUUCUCGAGCAAUUGCGACUAGGAAUUGCUCGAUUUGAGCUCGUAUCUUCGCCUGUAAAUUCAAUUUCACCUUCCAACUCAGUCGCUCCUUCUUUCCCUUUUUCUAUGAAUCGCGGUCGCCCACUCUUUGCUAAAAUUGGACCCAUGCUGCGCGCUGAAUCGCCUGCAUUGAGGAAAGCUGAGCACUACAAAGUCCAGAAAGUUACUGGAGAUGGACGCUGCCUAUUCCGUGCGCUUGCCAAAGGAAUGGCUUUCAACAAGGGGAUUCCUCUUCGUCCAUUUGAGGAGAAAAAUGAUGCAGAUGAUUUACGCAUGGCUGUGAAAGAAGUUAUUUGUGAUAAUGGCAAAGAAAGACGGCAGUAUGAAGAAGCUCUCAUUGCAAUUACUGUUGAGGAGCCAUUAGAACGCUACUGCCGACGAAUUCGUACACCUAAUUUCUGGGGAGGAGAGUCAGAGCUAUUGGUAUUGUCAAAGCUCUGUAAGCAACCUAUCAUUGUCUACAUACCAGAGCAUGAGCACAGAAUGGGUUCGCGUAGCUCUAGCUUUAUUCCUAUUGCAGAAUAUGGAGCUGAGUUCAAGGGAGGAAAACCCAAGAAACCUGUGAGGUUGCUUUACAGCGGUAGGAACCACUACGAUCUGCUUGUUUGAGGACCUUAUUUUAGGGGUGAUGUGACCUUGUUGCCAUCAAAAGAUGAGCCAACGGAGACAUGCUCGACCAACAAUGAAUGGUCGGAGGAACCCAAUAACACAACACCCAAAGCUCUCUUAUCGUCGAUCAAUACCAAUUCCAAACUUUUGAGUUGUUUAAACAUUGUUUUUUUAUGAAGAAAUAAAUGAAUUGAUGAGACUUUAAGAGAAAUAGGACAUAAAGGUUGGAUUUUUGUUGAAAUUUGUUGCUUUUGGGAGA